AUGAGGAGGAACGGGCGAGCUAAGCGCAGAGGCGAUCGGCACGAGCCCCCAUCAGAGCGGCGCGCCGUGCCAUGUCCCCGGGGUAACCCUAACAACAGCCAGUGCGCCGUGCCGCUCAGCUCCGCCCCGCGAGGCGACCGACUCCUCGCGGCAACUCGCGGCCUCCCGUCGCGCCAGACGACCAUGUCCGAGGUGAUGGGUUCGUUCCGAGUCAUCUCGGAGGAGGAGCAGGCCCUCCGCUCCAAGAUGGACCGCCUGACCCCGCGCGACCACGGGCCCGUUUUCGGGCCCUGCAGCAAAGUCCCUGCGCACACCCUGCAGAAGGCUCGCGACGAGCUGAACGAGACGGACGAGCGCCGCAGCUCCGCCGUUCAGGAGCUGCGCGAGAUGAUCAUGGAGAGGGCCGACACGGACGAGGACUUCUGCAUGACCGUGGCGGCAAAGAUGCGUGCCAAGGACGACGCCUUCCUCCUGCGCUUCGUGCGCGCGCGCAAGUUCGACGUUCCGCGCGCGUACGACCUCGUCAAGGGCUACGUGCACUUCAGGGAGCAGUACCCGGAGCUGUUUGAGAACCUGUGCCCCGAGGCGCUGCGCAGCACCAUCGAGGCCGGCUACCCGGGGGUGCUGCCCUCCAGGGACAAAUACGGCCGCGUGGUGCUCCUCUUCAACAUCGAGCACUGGGACUACCAGGAGAUCACCUUCGACGAGAUCCUGCGCGCGUACUGCAUCAUCCUGGAAGACCUCCUGGUCAACGAGGAGACCCAGAUCAACGGCUUCUGCAUCAUCGAAAACUUCACCGGAUUCAGCAUGCAGCAGGCCUCCGGCAUCAAACCCUGGGAGCUCAAGAAGAUGGUGGACAUGCUGCAGGACUCCUUCCCCGCGCGGUUCAAAGCCGUGCACUUCAUUAACCAGCCGUGGUACUUCACCACCACCUACAACAUCGUGAAGCCCUUCCUCAAGGCCAAGCUGCUGGACAGGGUGCGCGUGCACGGCGAGGAUCUGGUGCAGUACUACGCCGAGUUCGACGCCGACAUCCUGCCCGAGGACUUCCGGGGCAACCAGCCCAAGUACGACGGCAAAGCCACGGCCGCCAAGCUCUUCGACAGCUCGCGGGAGAGCGAGGACACUGCCCUCUGAGUGGGCGCGCUCGCUCGCCCCCCGAAAACCACCCGCACCCAACCCGUACCGCCCCAAAAACCACCCACGCCGUACCCCCAAAAAAUCCACCCUCACCCAUGCCAUAUCCCCCCCAAAAAACCACCGUCACCCACACCAUCCCCCCCCCCCCCAAAAACCACCCACGCCGUACCCCAAAAAAUCCACCCUCACCCAUGCCAUAUCCCCCCUAAAAAAACACCGUCACCCACACCAUACCCCCCCCCCCCAAAAAAAAACCACCCAUGCCCGUACCCCCCAAAAAUCCACCCUCACCCACACCAUACCCACCCAAAAACCACCCACACCGUACCCCCCCCCCCAAAAAAAAAAACUGCUCGCACCUACGACGUACAACCAAAAACCACCUGCAUCCACACCAUACCACCCCAAAAAUCACUCACACCCACGCCGUACACCCAAAACCACUCACACCCACGCCGCACCUCCGAAAACACUCGGCCCCACUCUGUACCCCCCAGAGACACUCGCAGCCACGCCGUACCCCCUCGCACCCAUUUCAAAUGACCCCCACCAAUGAACAAAUCCCGUAGCAGACAUCACCGCUUCUCACCCCAUCGUCCACCGCAAACACUCAACCACAGUGCCUAACUCUGUUCCUGUAGUGAGAGAGAGAGAGGCGGAAUACCGCAAACGGACUGGCGGCCAGUGUUGUCAUUGCCGUCGUUCGCCGUGUUCUUAAGAGGCGCGCGUAGCUGUCUACUUUACUGUGAAGUUUUAAACGCAAACGUGGCAUUGUCCCCCGCAGUAGUAGCGUUGUGUUGUUGUUGUUGUUGGUUUGUUUGAGACGCGAAGGGACGCGGACAGGAUUUUAACGCACGACUCCCGGCCACCUCGGUGUCUCUUCAGCCUAUUUUUUCCCCUCCUCUUUUCUCCACUACCCCCGAUAACCGAGCCACGACGGGGCCGUGCCGAGCCAGCCCCAGCCCUGCGCGGCUUCAGGAGACUGGGGCCCCCAGGUUUUGUUUGUCCACUCGAAGACGCGUUGUGGGUCAGUGAUGACAACGGUACACGCCGCCUUCGACUCGUGUGCCGGCUGACCGUCAGGCUCGGUGAACACGUCGUCACGACGGACCGUGCUGCCGCUGCUUGGCCUAGAUGCAGAAUUUCAACAUUUGCCCUAGGGGCCAGAUUAGCAUAGUUAGGUCGCGGCACAGCAUUGCGGUAUCGCCAGUUGUGAAAACCAUCCGUGCUGCGGGGGCGCCUCCUGCUGGCUCGGCACGGAUGUGGCCAGUGGAAAAAAAGAGCUGUAUCUCGUCGAAUAGAUGAAUCAGUGUGACUGGAGCAGUCCCACCUGGUUUUGAAUAAACUUUAUUGAUCGA